AUGUCUGAGCCUACUCCUGGAAGUCGCAUGGAGCAAAGUCAGAGCGAUGCGGCCCUGGUAGUGGAUGCGGAGAACACUGGCGACUUUGAUGGUGACUCUGCGCUCGGUGACUCCGUGGCUGGCUCUCUACUGUCCGCGUCUUUGGCUCCGUCGGUUCUGGACUACAAGUACGAGAACGGCCGACGCUAUCAUGCUUACCACGAGGGUAAGUAUGUGCUUCCAAACGAUGAACAAGAACAGGAUCGGCUGGAUAUGCUUCAUCAUAUAUUUUGCUUGAUCCUGGAUGGUGGACUCUACAAAGCUCCAUUGGUAGAACUAAAACCGCAACGAAUUCUUGACAUGGGUACUGGAACUGGCAUAUGGCCGAUCGACCUCUCUCAGGAUUUUCCAGAAGCUACGAUACUAGGAAACGAUUUGAGUGCUAUCCAGCCCACCUGGGUACCGCCAAAUGUCAGAUUCUAUGUCGAUGAUUUAGAAAGUGCCUGGGCAUAUCCCGAAGCGGAGCAUUUCGAUUACAUUCACGGUAGGGCCUUGAUCGGCAGCAUCACACACUGGAAACAGCUCUUCACCGAGGCUUUCAAUAAUCUCAAACCAGGAGGUGUCCUCGAGAUUCAGGAAUACCCUUGUACCGUGAACUCGGAUGACGACACCACGAAGCUCGUGCCCGAGAUGAUGAAGUGGGUUGAAAAACUCAACGAGGGUUGCGACAUCAUUAAGAAACCCGGCAACAACGCCCACCUGCUCAAAGGUUACAUGGAAGAAGUCGGGUUUGUUGAUGUAAAACAGGAGAUAUACAAGGUCCCUAUUGGAAAGUGGGCAAAAGGUCGCAAGAAUAAAGAACUGGGACUUUUCUAUCACGCGCAAGCAGUCGACUCCAUUGAAGCAUUAACCCUGGCGUUAUACACACGAGUGCUGGGAUUCUCGGCCAAAGAGACUCAAGUUACUAUCGAGCAGGUAAAGAAAGAUUUACGCCAUCCCAAAGCUCAUCUAUAUGUCCCAUUUUAUUUCAUAUGGGGAAGGAAACCUUGA